AUGAGUGCCGCAGACCUCCUGGACCUUGCUCCCUUCGACGCUUCGAAUGCGGGGACCUACAAUGCGCUUUGCCACUGUGGUAUCGUUCAGUACACGGUGACACUUUCGCCACCGUUAGAGCAGCAGAAAAUUGUUGAGUGUAACUGCUCGAUUUGUACGAGGAAUGGUUAUCUGCUUGUGUACCCGCACCGCGAGCACUUCAGGAUCACGAACGGGCAGGAGGCGCUUAAGACGUACACUUUUGGGCCAAAGAUGAAUCUCCAUCAGUUUUGUGGUCGUUGUGGGAGCGCUGUAUUCUUCGACCCGCAAUUGCCGAAGCGCGGGCAGGACAUCGAUAUCAUGGGUAUUCGAAUGUUCAAGGGCAUCAAGGUGAAGGACCUUCAGACAAUCCCGGUGGAUGGGUGCCCAAAACGAUAUGCAUCCUCGCAGCCUACCACCGCUCCAAGCUCCAGCGCACCAGCUAUAAAGCCACGCCGCUCGCGCCUCUUCUACGCGUGGUACGGCCUCGUCCUCUUCGGCGGUGUCUCUGCCGGUCUCACAAUCCGCAAUUUCGUCAGCCCCUCGCUUCCAGUCCCGGGGAGCCGCGAAGAUGAGUUCACGCUCGCCGCACUUAACAAAGACAUCGAAGACCUCGAUGUGGUGAAAUUCAUGCGAUCACGAAUUGAGCCUGUAGACGAAUCUUUCCAAGCCAAGGAACAGGAUGGAUGGGUAGAGCUAGAUGUCAAGACACACAUCACCGAAUCGAAGGACAACGAGGGAAAGCAGACACGCACGAUAACGGGGCAUGCACUGGCUGGGAGCAAGGGACUGGGCGUACAGAGGGCAUUCUGGAAUUCAGAGACCAAAGAGUUGGUUGCUGUGGUGUGGAUUGGGACGGCGUUGAGCGGGUGGCCCAUGAUGGCGCACGGUGGAGCGAUUGCGACUAUCUUUGAGGACUGCAUGUCCAGGAUGGUCGCAGGGCCUGACGUAUCAAUUGACUCCGUCGCCCAACCGAUAUCGAUGAGCGUCACCUACGCCAAACCCACGUAUAGCACGAACUUCUACAUCCUGCGCGCCAACUACUCAAGGCCGAAUCUUCCUCAGGCUGCGCCACCGCAGGACACAGAUCCACAGCCUGCGAAGUCGUGGUUACCGUCGUGGAAGGAUCUUACGAAGAAGGAACAGCCAAAAGAGGCAAAGAAGACGGUGGAGAUAAUUGGGACCCUAGAGAGCACAGAAGGGGAGCUGUGUGUAAGGGUCAAGGGGACAUUCCCGGUGUCUGGUUGA